GCAUCGACAGGAAAACGUAAGCAUUUGUGCUAUUAGCUAUGAUUCUAUGAUAGAUUGUCCAUGUAGGAAGUGUUUAGAGAGGUGGCAGUUAGUCGGAAGCUUGUUACUGUUAUUGACAGGAAUAUAUGUGUAUUGGAUUUAAACUCACAGAAGUAGUUGAACUGAAUGGAAAACGAAGGUCCGUUUUUGUCAAGGUGGAGAAAAACGUAAGCUUCCCUGAAAUCCAUGAGACUUUCUGGUGAGGAGGACUUUUAAUUAGGAAAAACGAGAAACCAUUAAUAUGGUUUAGAUUUUUUUUAACUUCAUUUCCGAAGCUGGACUAUACUAAGAGAAGAGCAAAGUAAAAUAACCAAAUCAAAUGCUUCAAUACUUCUCUGCUGUCCCCGGUUGUCCACGACUUCCCUGAUUUGUGCCUUAUUCCGUUGUAAAUAUCUUGUAACCCUGUUACUUGGAAUAAAAAGUUUACACCAGAGUAUCCUCAAUGGAUAAACUUGGGAUGAACUUUGGGGGAGGCCCCAGCAGAAAAGAACUCCUUGAGACCAUAGAAGGUCAGAAAAAACAGCUUGUUCAAUACCAGACUCGGUUCAAGGAUGUUGUAAGAGCCUACAAAGGCCUGCUGAAGGAAAAGGAGGCUUUAGAAGCCAGUCUGAAGGUGUUGACUGCUUCCCAAGAGGCUGACUUAAGUGUGAAAAGUUCAUUGCCACCCAGCACCUCUGUGCCUAGGAGUUCAGUUUCAGAUGUUGGUGAUGAUGGAUGCUCAGUCCACAGUGAAGACAGCACUGGGACUGCAGCCAGUAUGGACACUGCCACAAGCCAGACUAGCAGUACAAAGGGUGAAUUGGCUGAAGAGGAAAAAGGCACAUUGGAACCAUUGGCAUUAGUACCCUCUACGCAGAAGGCUGAAGAGACAAGUGGAUCAGAAAGUGGUGUCAGCACAAGCAGUGGAGAGCAAAACCCUGUCAGUGAAUCAGAGCGAAGGAUACUACAGCUUAAGACCCAGCUGGCAACACUAACAAAUGCCUUGGCAACAGUGACUCAAGAAAAGUCCAGAAUGGAGGCCUCUUACCUGGCAGAGAAGAAGAUGAUGAAGCAAGAUUUUGAGGACCUGUCCAGUAGAAGUGAAGAAGAAAAAAUCAGAUAUGAAGCAGAGAUUAAAAACAUGCAGGAACAGCUGGCAGAAGUCAGAAGUCGCUUGAUCACCCAGCAACAUGAACGUGCACAGGAGCAGAAUGAUCAUGCUGUAAUGUUGCGCGAGCUGCAGAAACUUUUGCAAGACGAAAGAACUUUGAGGCAGGAUGUUGAACUAAAAAUGGAAGAAAUGAGGGUGUCCUUAGCAGAGCAAAGCUAUGCUGCAGACAGAAUAGGAGAUUAUGAACUUCAGAAGAAGAAGCUCUUGGAAGAGGUGGAGAAGCUAAAAAAGAUGCUACAAGAUGUUGAGAUAGAGAAGCAGAAGCCUGACCCCCGACUACAAAAACUGCAGGAGGAAAUGGAGAAUGCAAAGGCCAAUUUUCAAAUUCAGCUGCAGCAGGAACUGAAAAAGACUGCUCUAGUUGAAGAGCAACUGCGUCAACACUCAAAACUGGAGGAAGAACGUGUAGCUGCUCUGGAGGCCCAAGUGUCAGAACUUUCAGAAUUGUUGGGCAGUAAUGAGAAAGCCAAACAAAAAGACCAGAUGUGCAUCCAAAAGCUGAAGGAACGGAUUGUGCAGCUAGACAUGGAGAACAAGACUCUGGCCAUUGCAGCUUCUAGUAGAGUUUCAACAGAGAUUAACGUUGAUGAAGCCAGCCUGGACAUAAAUGUUUUAAAGGACAAAUUGGAGAAAAUUAAAAAACAUUUGUAUUUGGCAGUGAAGAAGUCUAAAGAACCAUUAGACAUUGAAAAGCUUUGUGAAACAGAUUCAGUUUUUAAAGCAGAAACUUCUGAUGGGGAAAAGGCGACAGUGCUCUACUACCAGCAAGAGCUUAAACAACUUAAAGAAGAAUUUGAGAGAUACAAGAUGAGAGCCCAGGUUGUCCUCAAAAACAAGACUGCUAAAGAUGGAACUUCUGCCAAAGAAGUGGAGGAGUUGACUGAGCAGCUUUCUGAACUAAAAGAAAAGUAUAUUGCUCUGAGGCUGUCCUAUGAAGAACUGGAGAUCAAGCACAAAUUGGAGAUGGAUGCAGUCCAACAAGAAGUAUUACACCUGCAACAAUGUCACAAGCAGGAGCUAGAGAAGCUGGAAAAUGAAUACAAAGAGAGGGCCUUGAAGCUAGAAGGGGAACUACACAAGCAAAGGGACCGUGCUCUACAAGUUAUGCAGGAGAAGGAUCACGAAAUUGAAAGACUGAAGUCCACUCUUCUUAACUACAGUCUGCAGAAGCACAGGAGGAGUUCAACUGAGAAUAAAAUUAUAGAUGGUGAAAUAGAUAGCAGUGAUACAGAUGCUAGUUCAUCUCAGAUCUUGUACCAGGCUUUGAAGAUUGCAGGUCCAGUUGAGCCUACCUUCCUGCUGUAUGCAGAACAGCUGGCCCGAAAGGAGGUGGAGAUCGGAGCACUGAGGAAACAGAAACACAAGCUGGAGGCAGAGGUGCACCAGCUCCAAGAAAAAUGUCUUAUAGAAAGAGAGCGUCAUCAGGAAGAAAUUGCUGUGCUCCAGGAUCAGAUCCAAAAGAGUGUUAGGGACAAGGGCCGAGAAGGAGCUAACUUGGAGUAUCUUAAAAACAUUAUUUACAGAUUCUUGACUCUGCAGGAUGCCCUUGGGCGCCAACAGACUUUGACAGCAAUUUUGACUAUCUUGCACUUCAGCCCUCAAGAGAAGCACAUCGUCAUGAGGCAUCAGGGCAACCGCUGGUGGACACCAGCAACUAGAUAAAUGAGCACAACUGUUACAUCUGUGUUUUUAUACAUUCCUAUGGUUAUUUCUUAGGCCUUGACUGUGGCAUUAAAAACUUACAUGCUAACUAUUUUCUGUCACUGCCAGCUGCAGGCAACUUAGGCCUCUGCCUCUUCUAAAUCAUUAAUGGUGCAUCCCAUAGGCAUAUUAACAUACAACCACCACGUCUUUUAUUUCAUGAGUACAAGUAAUAGGCAGAAAUAUGUAAACAAUUCAAUUAUUCUUCAAAAAUCAUCUAAGUGAAGGUGUUAUUAAAUACAUGACAUCAAAAGUCAUUGCUUAUUUUUGUAUUACGCUAAAUCCACCAAAGUUUUUGUUAAAAAAUGGAUACUUUCAGUAUCUUAAAUUUGUACAGGCUGUUUGUACAAAGUGCCAAAGUCUGUUUUAUCUGUGAAACUUGACACCAUUCAGUUUUGGUAAAUUGCUUUGUUUCUGAAGUAACAAAUAUGUGGAAACUAUUUUUUCCAUAAAUGUUAUCAUAAUCAGCAGUAUGUUUGCACUGUAUCAUAACUAAUACAGAAUAUUAGUGGCAGUUUAGUCCCUUGUUUGAACUUUUCAGAAAAUGCCAUGCAGUUUUUCCAAGCUGUUAAGCUUUCAAAAUAACUGCGUAUUUUUGUAACUGGAACUUUCCUAAGAUAUAUUUUUUAAGAACUGGAAAAAAAAACUGGUUCCACUGCAAGAUGGAUUUGGACAUCCAAGUCUACUCUUAAUUAUCCACAUCUGGUCGUGUUGGGGCGGGGUAGGGCUCCAGGGUAUUGUAAACAAGAAGCAAGAAUAUCUUAGCACUUUGUCCAUCAUGGUAUGAUGUUUUGCAAUUUCCUGCAUUGCUUUUUGAAAUAUAAUCAAAUCUAAAUUUGCAUAUUUCAGAAUUGUAAAGCUAUGACUUCUGUAUUGCUAUACUUUCUGUCUGUUAGUUUCUCUUCUUGCAUGUUGUGGUCUUUUGCAAGAUGACGCUAACCUGAUUGUGUUUUAAUUGAGUAUUUAAUGACUGUUGAGAAUUAGAAUGUUUCAGAGAUGGCAAAGGAUACCUUUAGGAAACAGUCAAGCUGUGAGAUCAACAGAUACUGUACUUCUUUAUGUGCGUAAAAAAAAAAUGAAAAGUGGGGUUAGUGCUUUUAUUGCUUAGUGGAAUACUUAAUGUUUACUUAAUGUUUAACACAUUAUAUUUUCUGUGAAGUAUA